CCGAGCGGGCCUCCGUGCAGCGGAGAUCAGGCGGCCCGAGCGCAGCCCCGGCCCCGGGAGGGGCAGCACAGCCCGGUGUUUGUGCCCCGGGCUCCUGGGCCGCGUCAGAGCGAGUGUGGCGGGCUCGUUCUGUUUCCCCGGUGCUGGAUUUCCUUCAGCCCUUACAAGCGGAGCGCUGUGGCGUGAGGAGAGAGAGCUGCAGUGGAACUGAGGGAUAGCGAGGAACUCCCAGUGCUGGAGCAAGACUGGUACAAGGAUUGACUUUUUCUUUCUUCCUUUCUUUCUUUCCUUUUUCUCUCUAACGAUUGCAGCAAGCGCUCGCAGCACGGCCCUUUGUCACUUCCCGGGCAAGCUCCAAAAGCAAAGCCCUUGUUGUGCUGUCAGCAUCCCGAGUGAUCCGCGGUGAAACCCCUCGGUGCGCCCGCCAGACCUUUCCUGCUGCGAUGGGAACGAUGCCGUGAGGGCUGGCAGGGCCGGGCCAUAGCCAUGACAGAGCCCCACCGGGUGUCGUUCACCACUCUGCACGGGCCCCUGAGCAGCAGCUUCCUCAAGAGGUCUCGCAAGGACGAGGCAGAGCAGCCCCCGGAGCCGGAGCCGGCGGCCACGGCCGUGCGCAUCACUCUGACCCUCUUCGAGCCCGACCACAAACGCUGUCCCGAGUUCUUCUACCCAGAUCUCCUCAAGAGCUGUCGGGGGAAAGUAAAAGGGGGUUCUUCAGGUGAUAAGAAGAAAGACCCAGCUGAUCCCUUCAAUGAUGAGGAGAAGGAAAGGCAUAAAGUGGAGGCUCUUGCUAGGAAGUUCGAAGAAAAAUAUGGUGCCAAGAGGCGCAGGAAGGACCGGAUUCAGGAUUUGAUUGAUAUGGGGUAUGGCUAUGAUGAGUCCGACUCCUUCAUCGACAACUCGGAAGCUUACGAUGAGCUGGUUCCUGCCUCUCUCACUACCAAGUACGGAGGGUUUUACAUCAACUCGGGAACGCUGCAGUUCCGGCAGGCCUCUGAGUCUGAGGAUGACUACGUCAAAGAGAAGAAGAAGAAGUGUCCCAAGAAGCGGAAGUUGAAAGAUGGGGGUGAAAAAAUAAAGAAGAAGAAGAAAGAUGAUUCUUAUGACAAGGAAAAGAAAUCGAAGAAGUCCAAGUUUCCAAAGGCUGGCUUCACAGCAUUAAAUGCAAGUAAGGAGAAGAAGAAGAAGAAAUACUCUGGAGCUCUCAGUGUCAAGGAGAUGCUGAAGAAGUUCCAGAAGGAGAAGGAUGCUCAGAAGAAAAAAGAUGAGGAGCAGAAAGCGGCGACUCCUUCCCCAGCAGACCCUGCAGCCCCGAGGGAGGCAGAGGCCAUGGCUGACCCUCUGCUGUCCCUCUUUGGCCACGCCAGUGACAGUGACCUGCUCCAGGCAGCCACGGCCAUGGACUCCCUGAGCGAGCUGGACCUGGAGCGGCUCCUCAGCGAGUCCCCGGAGGGCAGCCCCUUCCCUGAGGUGGAGGAUGGCAGCGACCCUGGCUUGGAGCAGGAGUUCAAGCAGCCACCAUCCCUCCCAGAAGGGCUGCCAGCCCCCCUGGAGAAAAGGAUCAAGGAACUGGCUCAGGCUGCCAGAGCUGCUGAGGGAGAAGGCAAGCAGAGAUUCUUCACUCAGGACAUCAACAACAUCAUACUGGACAUCGAGCUGCAGACGCGGGAGCUCAGCAGCCAGGUCCGCUCGGGGGUCUACGCCCACCUGGCUGCCUUCUUCCCCUGCAGCAAGGACACGCUGCUGAAGCGAGCCCGCAGGCUCUACCUCUACGAGCAGGGUGGCCGGCUGAAGGAGCCUCUGCAGAAGCUGAGGGAAGCCAUUGGAAGGGCCAUGCCAGAGCAGGUGGCCAAGUACCAGGAGGAAUGCCAAGCCCAUACUCAGGCCAAGUUUGCCAAGAUGCUGGAAGAGGAAAAAGACAAAGAACAGCGAGUUUGUUCUGAUGAUGAUGAGGAUGAAGAAAAGGGAGGGAAGCGUGUCGCGGGCCCACGGAAGAAAUUCCAGUGGAAUGAUGAAAUCAGGACAAAGAAGAAAGUUAUAGCUCCUACCAAGGUGAAAGUGAAGGACUCUUCCUGCAAGCCAGAGAAGAAGCUGUCGGUGUCUGUCCCCUCCCUGCACUCGAGCAGCACCUUGGCCAUGUCCUCAGAGCCCCAGGGAGGAGCCUUGGGCAUCAGUGCCCAGACCAGGGAACUCCUGCCCCUUGGGACAGCCCAAGCUGCCAGCAGCACUGCCACUCCUGCCACCUUCAAGGAUGACUCCUUGGAUGAGGACUUGAUCCACAACCCCACCUCCUCCCUGGAAGCCGUGUCCAAGGAACUGGCUGUGCUGAACAGCAGGGCAGCAGGGAGCCCUGACUUUACUCUUCCUGCAGCUCCAAAAGCUCCACCAGAGAAGAUCCCAACUCUCGCAUCCUCAGAGGAGAAGAGGACAUUUCCAAAGCCCAACCCUUCCCCUACAUCAUCCUCUGGUUCCCUCCAGUCUCCUCUAAACUUCCUAGCCGAGCAGGCCCUGGCGUUGGGCCAGUCUUCUCAAGACAAGAAGACAGAGAACUCUAAUUACAAAGAGCAUUCCUGCCAAGCCUCCCCCAGCAAAAUCCUUCCUGAUGCCCACCAGGCUAAACAGAAGCACCACAGCCUGGUCAGGCCAGGCCACGGGCCCCCAGCCUCGGCGCCGGUGCCGGGCUCUCAGGUGAAGGUGUUCCACCCUGGGGCUCAGCUCCAGAAAACCUUCACCUCCCCAGCUCCCUUUGUCAAACUGCAGAAUCCCAAGUCCUCCACCCCUCUGCCCCAGCGCUCCCUCCUCCAGCAGGUCAAGUCAUCAACCAAAGCUCAGAGCUUCCAUUCCUCCACGUCCCCGAGCAGCACCCAAAACUCCAGCAGCUCCCACAAGAGCCAAGGCUUGUCCUCAUCAUCUCUCAGCUACGCCGGGAAGCACUCGGGUGGCUCCGGCUCUUCAGGACAAUCUUACAAAUCGCCUUUCGUCGCUGGGUCCCUCUCCAAGCACGGGGCUUCUUCCAGCAGCUCCUCUGGAGCUCCUGCCAGCCAGGGCAGCUCCUCUGGGACUUUGCUCCCCAGCGUCCCGGCCCCUUCCCCGGGCUCGGCCUCCGGCCGCCCGGCCUCGGGCUCCUCGGUGAAGAAACCUCCCGUUUCCCAGAAGCUGACCCUGGUGGCACCUCCCGGGGGCUCCAACGGAGAUUCCAGCGGGGGCACCCAGGGCGUGGCCAAGUUGCUGACCUCGUCCCUAAAGCCAGCUGUGGUCAGCAGCACCGCAGCCUCUACCUCUGUGCCGAAAGGAACUAGUGGAGCUGUGCUGCUAACAAGCUCUUCCUCCUUAAGUGUACUGGCUCCAUCCUACAAGUCCAACAACCCAAAGCUGCCAGCUGCCCUGAGCUCCACCCCGUUAGGUAUUAUCUCUCCUAUUCAUUCUUUCCCUCUCCAUGUCAUCUCCUUCAGUUCCGACUCCUCCCCAAAAGCAGGAGUUUCCAAGGAUGCAAUAGUUACGGGACCUGCUCCGGGAACUUUCCACCACGGCCUCGGGCACAGUGAGUAUCCCUCUGCCCACCCGGGUGUCACUUGUGCCUGUGCUGUCACACAGAACAUCAGUGCUCUGCUGGGCUGCCCCAUUGCACACCAGCCCAUCUCUCUGGCUGUUGCUUUGUGCUGUGGUCCCUGCUUUUGUAUCUCCAGCAGUUGCAUUUGGAGAACCUCGGGCACAUCCCUAGAUCUCGCCCAGAAGUGCCAAUAACUGGAACCCGACCUCUGCUAACUGCUGCAGCAUCUCUGCUCAUUUCUGUCUUGGAUGUGUAUUUGUUCCUUUUUCCCUCUCCUCUCUUUGUUUUCUCUCUAGGUCUUCUGGCUGGUUUGCACUCCAGCCCCCACCACGCAGCGCCACUCCCACACUCUGCCCUGUCCACUCAUUUACCACAGAGUUUGCCAGGUAACUUGUCAGAUGCUCGUGUUUGUCUUCUCCCUUGUGAGUCUAUCUCAGCAGGUCCUUCCUUCAGGGCUGAAGCCAAAGGGGUUGUCCAUGUUUUCCAGCUGUGUGGUUGUCACUAAAGCCUCUCUGAGGUACAGAGUGAGGGGCUGGGAGCAGCCUGGUGUGCUGGAAGGUGUCCCUGCCCAUGGAUGGGCUUUAAGGUUCCUUCCAACCCAUGAUUAAGAAGAAAUUCUUGGCUGUGAGGGCGGGCAGGCCCUGGCACAGCGUGCCAAGAGCAGCUGUGGCUGCCCCUGGAUCCCUGGAAGUGUCCAAAGCCAGGUUGGACAGGGCUUGUAGCAGCCUGGGCUGAUGGAAAGUGUCCCUGCUCGUGGCAGGGGUGGAAUGGGACGGCCUUUAAGGUCCCUUCCAAUCAAACCAUCUUGGAUUCUGUGAUUUCUGGAAUGAUGAGUCCUCAGUGCUUACAGCAAGUGUUGGUUCCUGCAGAUACUCGGAGUUAUCCUUACAGGAUGAAAGCUGUGCCUGUUUGUGCACAGCCUGCCAGGACUGCCCUGGAAUGAAUAUUCCAGCUCUGGGGAGUUUUGUUCCUGGUGGCCUACAUAAAAUGUGUCAGACCAGACUGUCUUGUGUCUGUGCACUGAGUUAAUUGCCAGCAUCUCCUUCAUGACAAGUUUGUAGUGUAAAUGCAGAUUGCUCCACUUGCUGCUCACACCAUGAGGAUUUGGCAGUUCAGCCUGUUCCUGCCCCAGUUUGAUGCCUGCAGAAGUGAUGCAUAAAACAAGACUUUUCCAAAGAAGGAGAGAAGUAAGGAAAAUUGAAAUUCAGCGCCUGCAGGUCGUGCUUACCUGCUUCAGGGAGCUGCUUAUUCCCCUGAUAACUCCUAUUUCUGCUUUCUUAGGUGUGUUCUUUAGCACUUCAGUGCAGUUCAGUGCCAUUAUCUUAGUACCUGCUCCUGUUGGGAUGGUCCUCCUGGGCUAAGUGAGCCUGAUUUAGUAGUGCUAGCCUGGUCCUGUGGCUGUGUGCAUGGAUAACCAUGUACCAUCCUGGAGGAGCCAUGGAAUAAAAGGCCUUUGCUGAGCACGGUGCUUGUUUGCUAAAGAAGGAAGAGUGUGUUGUGCACUCAUGAAAAUGCAAAGAAUUGGUUGGGUUUGCUUCCUUUGCUGGAGUUUGAUGUGGGUUGUGCCAUGCUGCUGUGGUAGAGCUGAAGAAGGUCCUGGCAGUGAUCACUGGUGUGGCAGACCCUUCCUUCCUGUUUGUAAAUCACACUUCCUGGAAUGAGAUCAGAGAUUGCACCUUCAACAUGGCUUGUGGAAUAUAUUCCCUGUCACUGAGGAGCAGCUCUUUGUUCCUUUAGUUGAGGGAGUUCAGAGUGAUCACUUCACUGUUGUUCAUAGGGCUGAUAACAGAAGAUUUUUUUUUAUGGACUCUUCAGCAGGAUAUAGGGCCAGAAGAGAAAAGACCACUGGGAAUAAGUGAAGGAAAAUUGACCAUGGAUCCAGCUUCAGCAAGGACCUUCUUUCUUACUUGGUGUUUUCACUUUGAGAGGGAGCCUGGUGCUGCCAUCUCUCGGGACAUUCCCAAUUCUGGUGUUUUGGAGGAGAACACAGUAGAUAUUUAAGUGACUCCCAUAACCUUAAAAUGAAUUCCUGUGUUUUGUGGCACAAGCUGUGUUUGGCUGUGCCAACACGUGCCCACAGCUGCAUUGCUGUGUUUGAACAUUGCAAGAUGCGUGGGAGGUUGCUGCAAAUGCAAGAGAAUUGAUGCCUUAACUAAAAAUGCUUUUGUCCAUGUUCAUCCAAAAGCCUCUGAGCAAAGAGCAUCCAGUGCUUAUCUGUGUGUGGUUGGUGCUUCUGUUGCUGGUGGAGGUUCCUUGUGCUGGGGCUGGGAAUGUGGUGCUGGGAAUGUGCUGGGCUGAGCUCUUGCAUGCAGAGGAGCUGUUCUUGGCCUGCAGGAGAAGCUGCUGCUGAGUGCCACUGCUGCUUAGCCGCACGUCUCAGUACUCCCAUUUGUUCAUCACAGUCUGAAGUAGUUUUAAUUCUCCUGGAAAACUUUUGCUUCCCUAAACUUCCUUCCUUUUUCUCUCUUCAGUGCAUUUUCUCUUGUCCUCCACAUCCAUUCCUUUCUGUUCCAUCAGUGGUGAGAUUCCUAUGGAUCCUGUUGCUAUCACUGGCCACCUAAAGCCUUCAUUUAAAAAGCACCUAAUUCAAUAAUCCAAAAAAUAAUCAAUAAAGCACCUAAAGCCCUACCUGAAAGGAGUUUCUAGGUGAGGGGUUUGCCUCUUCUUCCACACAACCAGUGACAGGACAAGAGGAAACAGGAAAGUUGAGUUUGGACAUCGGGAGGAGUUUCUGUGUGGAAAUUGGUGGUCAGGCCUUGGCAGGGGCUGUCCAGGGAGGUUUGGAGUCCCCGUCCCUGGAGGUGUCCAAGGAAGGCCUGGACAUGGAACUCACUGCUCUGGGCUGGGCACAAGCUGGACAUGGGUCACAGGUUGGACUCCAUGGUCUUGGAGGUCUUUUCCAACCUCAGUGAUUCUGUGAUUACAACAGCAAAAAUGUACAACGGGUUACUUCCAACCAGCUGUUGGUAAGGCAACCACACCGUGUAUUUUGGGAUUCCUGGAGGGGGAGAUGUGGCAGGGUGGAUUUAGAGAAGGGCACAGGCUAAGGAGUUCCCUGGCAGCUGGAAUUGUGUUGUGGGGCUUCUGCUGGGAGCCCACAGGGGACCUUCAGUGCUUCCCUUGUCCCUUCCUCAGAGGCUGGGCUGCUCCCAGUGGAGAGAUGUCUCCAAGCACAUCCUCUUCUUCUUGCUCCCUUGGUGCAGGGAAGGAAGAGUAGGUUUUUCCCUCUGUGCAGAGGCCUGGCUGUCCCAGCUGCCCACCCUCCAUGGGCUGGUGCUGAUCCCCUUCCCAGCUGUUUUAUUUUCUUUCAGAUGCUUCUCAGCUUCACGGCAAAGGGUCCAAUGCACAGCAGCGCAAGUUGUGACGCCUGCAAGGAGGGGAGCUCCAGCACCCAUAGGAUAAAACCCAGAGGAACAGGUCAUGGACUUUGGAUACCAGCUGUGUAUUUUGAUUUCUUUUUUUUUUUUCCCCUAUUUCUUUUUUUUAAAUGACAACUGGAGAGACUGAACUGCAACAAGGAACUCAUUGGGGUGUCUGCUCAGAGGCUUUCAGAGCUGAGCCCCACACAUGGGGCCACCUGGAGCCAUGCCCUGAUGAGAGGAGCCUUUUGUAGCACUGUUUAUUGCUGCUGCCCUUCCUGCAUUCCCUGGCACUGGCAGUAGCUGGAGCUCACAGGGAGGCUCGGGUGGUCCUGCAGUGGAUUCCCACCCACCUGUGUGUGUAGCUGCCAAGUACCUCCAAGUCCAGUUACCUCCUUGGUCUCCCCGUGGAGGGUAUGAAAGGUGCUUCUUUCUUCUGCUUUGGAUUUACUUGGAUAAUUCUAGCACUGCCAGUGCUUUCUCAAAGACAUUUGAGUAACUUUCCAAUUGUACUAUAAAACUGUGCUACACUUAAUUGGAGGAUUUAGCAUUUCCUGUGUGGUGAACUUGAGGAACCACCUGAUGUUCCCCUCUGGAGGAGAAGGAAGACUCUAGAGACUAAACACAUUUUUAGAUGCAGUCAUUGACUUUUAGAAUUCUACUUCUUUUGAGUUUUUGGAUUUUUUUCCCUCCAAAGGGAUGCUUUUUUCCUGCUCAGUUUUAUCCUCAUUGCCAUCUAAUGCAUUGGAUUGAAUGGGAUACUUCUUAGCAUGUCACAUGGAUCGGAACACAUAAUUCCAGUGCCUUUUAUGGUGGAGCAAGAAUGGACUAGUGACACACAUUUCAGCCCUAUUUCGUGUGCUCCUCAACCCUUUUUUAAUCAUUCUGUAUUUAAAAUGUAUUCUGGUUUAUUUAAUAGAGCUUUUUAUGGUUGCACAUCAGAAAAAAAGACAAAAAAAAAAAACAACAAAGCUGCACUGUCUGGACUUCAGUGGUGACCUGGUGACUGAGCACAGCCCCAAAUCCAGCAGGAGCACCAGUUCUCAUCCCAGUAUGUGCAGGCGGGUUCCAGGCCCUCCCCUAAAGCCAUUCUUUCCUAGGGUUGUGAGUUAGGAUCAAUUUGGUGGGCAGAGGGAAUGAGCGAGAUGAACCAAGGUCACGACCUGUCAAAUGAAUUCCAGAGAACAACACUGCUCUCCUCAAUGGUACCUGCACCAGGAUCACAUGCUCAGCACAGCUGCAGGAACAGGGACCGUCUGCAGUCAGGGGGUGUCUUUUCUUAUUCAUUUUUUUAACUUUAGAGCUAAAUACUCCCCCUGUGCACCCCCUUUCAGGCUAAGGCGGGCUGAGGCUCCACCUGAGCUUUCUGAGGUUUGGUUUCCUGCUCUGCCCAGUCUGUCUUCUCUCAGGCCCCCACAGCCACAUCCCAGUUGUGUAGGGGUAGUGCUGAUCCAUGUAGAAUUUACUGGUAUUCCAAGGAAAAGCUUGUAGCUUCCUCCUUGAGCUUUGGGGAAGGAUGCUGACCCCAGGAUAUCAGCAAAUGUCUGCUUUAGUUUCCUCUGGUUUUUAUUAGGAUCAGAGAAAGACUGUUUUCAAUUUGAGCUGAUACAUAACUGCCCAGGAUCAGUGAGUUGAUUGUAUUUCAAAUUAAUGGAACAGCUCAGAUUUCAAGUCUGUUUACAGAAAAUACCUAGGCUGUAGCAGAAGAGCCAAAGACAGAACUCGUGUGGGUAAAAUGAAGCACAGCAUUUCCUGGUAGACUCUGAGCAGUGUAUGUCGCGUGGUUCCUGUUGAAGGUCUCAUCCUGAGGGGUGCUUGGCACCUUCACCUUCCCCUGGGAGCCAAAAGCUUGGGACCCCUGGCAGGACAGGGGCUCUCAGUGAGUGACUCGAGGUACUGGAUCUCCUCCCUCUCUUUGCUUUCACUUGAAUGCUUCUGCUGGGAAGCCCCCGUGUGUGCGACCAGAGCAGAAUGCCCUCCUCCUAGGAAUUCAGCGAAGCCUCUUGCCUCAGGGAAAUGUUUAUGUGGUGGAAAUUCUGUGGGAUAUUUUUUCUUUACAUGCUAUAAUGAAUGAGUGAGUGGUGUGGAGUAGAGUGGCAGCAAGGCAGGCCCAUGCAGAGCAGCUGAUGGGAAGCCAGGCUGGCACUUCUGCCUUGGUGAGGCAACUUGCAGCGCUUCCAGGAUGGAAUGGGGAGGGAUAGGCUCCCAUGGCACUUACCUGGGGAUAGCAGUUCCUUUUGGGUGUAAGAGCUGCAGUUUACUAUUCUAUUUUUUUUUAUGUGUGUUGGCACUGUCUUGCUGAAGAUGGUGGGGGUGGUAUGAAAAAUGUUAAUCUUGUACAGAACAACUCAAUAAAUUGUUUCAAACUUUCCAAAA